AUGUAUCGAAGAGAGUCUCAUUUCUCCACCUCCGUUGAAACCAUGUCCAACAAAUACUCUGAGGCAAAGACAUGCGUCUUCUGGGACAUAGAGGAUUGCCCAAUCCCAGAUGGUCUUGAUCCUGAGUCCGUUGCCAAGAACAUCAAAUCAGCUCUUGUGAAAAAGGGUUAUCUUGGUGAGGUCACAAUCUGGGCUUAUGGUGACAAGUAUCAGAUCCAAGAUUACUAUCAAUCCGCCGGAAUCAAACUCUUACCUGAAGGAGAUAAACAUGCGAGAGUGAGAAGGAUGUAUGGGGAUUUUUACUUGUGGCUGGGGGGCAAUCAAGUACAUGGAUUGACAAAUAUGAUGGUGAUAUCAGGAGAUAACUCUGAUUUUGCGUCUUGCCUCCAAGAUUGUAAAGCGGCAGAUCAGAACAUUCUCUUGGCAAAGCCUGAAGACGCACCGAGAAGAUGUGGCGGUUGCAGAGUGUUUGUCACCGAUGAGUGGAUUUGGGUAAGCCUAUCAGCUGGAGGAGACCCUUUUAUCACCAGAGCUCCUCGUUGUUUGAGAUGA